UCGAAUUCCCCGCGCCCGCUGUGCAUACACGCCGAAAGAGGGCGUGAUAAAUAUCGGGCCGAAGUGGGGAAGAGAGAAGGGAAGAGAAAUUAGGGUUUCCUCUUCUCUCUCGGGCGUUAGGGUUAGGGUUUUCUCGAUCCUCCAUCGUCCUCCUCUGCUUCAUGGCGAACUGGAGCGGCCGAUCGAAGGGGACAGUGAAGUGGUUCAACGGGACGAAAGGGUUUGGUUUCAUCACCCCGGACGACGGUGGCGAGGACCUAUUCGUUCAUCAGUCCUCGAUCAAGGCGGACGGGUACCGGACCCUCACCGAGGGAGAGCCCGUGGAGUUCACCAUCGCCGAGGGGGAAGGCGGCCGCACCAAGGCCGUCGAUGUCACCGGCCCUGAUGGAUCCAGCGUCCAGGCCAGCAGCGGCGGCCGGAGGGAUGGGUAUGGCGGUGGAGGCAGCCGCGGCGGCGGCGGCACCCGUGGAGGGUAUGGGUUCAACGGAGGGGGCAGGGGCGGUGGUGGGAGAGGCGGCAGCUGGGGUUACGGAGGCGGUGGUGCCUGCUAUAACUGUGGUGAGACUGGCCACCUCGCUAGGGAUUGCUAUCAAGGCGGCGGCGGCGGCGGCAACGGCGGGAGGUACGGCGGCGGCGGGAGUUACGGAGGCGGCGGGAGUUACGGCGGCGGCGGGAGUUACGGCGGCGGCGGAAGUUACGGCGGCGGCGGGAGUUACGGUGGCGGCGGUGGAGGCGGCGGAUCCUGCUAUGCUUGCGGCGAAAUGGGCCACUUCGCUAGGGAAUGCCCUAACGUGAAGUGAGAUCUACCGUUGCUAAUCCUUCCAUCCUUUUUCGGCCUUUUAAUUUUGAUCUUUUUUCCCAUCUAAUAUAUGUGUUCUUGGUUGCUGAUGAUGGGGUUUAUCCUUUUUUUUUUUACAUUUCUUUCUUUAAAAAUGGAUUCUGGAAAUGGUUUUCCUUUCUCGUGUUUUGCUUUGGUUUCAAUAGAUUGUGGCUUAUAUUGGGCUUUUGUGUUGAGCUUCGAGGGAAAACAGAAAUCAAAUGGUCUAUGUAUACACUCUUUGAGGGUCUA